GCGCCAGUCAGUGGUGGUCAGUGGUUGUCGACGAUGAGUUGGUGAUGCGCGUUGUGCGGGGCGAAAAGCGAAUGAUUGGCCGUUGAGAUAGGUAGCGAACGAUAGCCAGCCAUCAUGAGGUGCAUCUUGUGCAUCGUUGCAGUACUUGCGCUGCACACGUCGGCCAUAAUCCAGUCACCGCCGCGGAUAUCGAAACAGCCGCCGACCGAUGAACAACUGUUCCAAGUCGCCCAGGCGAAAGUAAACGAGAACGACAAGCCAUUUUUGAUCGAAUGCGAGGCCGAAGGUGAACCUGCUCCCAGGUACCGAUGGAUUAAAAACGGAAAGGACUUCGAAUGGCCCGCUUACGACGAUCGCAUUUCCCAGCAGCCUGGAAGAGGAACCCUUGUCAUAUCGAAGCCGCGAGACGAAGACCUGGGUCAGUAUCAAUGCUUCGCAGAAAAUGAGUGGGGAAUCGCUACCUCGAAUUCGGUGUUCGUGAGGAAGACGGAGCUGAACUCCUUCAAGGACGAGAGCCCUAAGACCCUGAGCGCCGAUGAGGGGGAGCCCUUCAAGCUGACUUGUCAACCUCCGGAUGGCUGGCCUAAGCCGAACGUCUAUUGGUUCAUUCAGGACACUUUGGGAGGCAUCAAGUCGAUUAACAAUUCCAGGAUGACGUUGGAUCCGGAAGGGAACCUCUGGUUCAGCAACGUCACCAGGAACGACGCGUCCGAUGAUUUUUAUUACGCUUGCGCAGCUUCCUCAGUCUUCAGGAACGAGUACAAAGUGGGAAACCGCGUGUUGCUUCAUGUCAUUUCUACGGGCGCUUCUGCUAGCCAGAAUAAACACGCCCCGGUAAGGCAAUACACCAGCAGGAAAAACGAGGUCGCAUUGAGAGGGAAGAAGGUGGAGUUAUAUUGCAUAUACGGCGGGACCCCUUUGCCUCAGAUAGUCUGGAGCAAGAACGGCAAUCAACUCAGGCCUAACGAUAGGAUAACCCAAGGCAACUAUGGAAAGUCCCUGAUCAUAAAGCAUGUUAAUUUCGAGGACGAGGGUACAUAUAGUUGCGAGGCAUCGAACGGCGUCGGCGAUGCUCAGUCGUAUUCGAUUAAAUUACAAGUUAUGGCGGUGCCAUAUUUCACGGUUGAGCCGGAAAUCGUGAAUGCGGCUGAGGACGAGAUGGCGGAAUUUAGAUGCGAGGCCAGUGGAGUACCGGAGCCGCAGAUUAAAUGGAUACACAAUGGCAAGCCUAUAUCCGAGGCGCCGCCUAAUCCCAGAAGGAAGGUCACGGGCAACUCGAUCAUCAUCGAGAAACUGACGAAAAAUGACACCGGGAAUUACGGCUGUAACGCUACCAAUUCUUUGGGAUACGUUUACAAGGAUGUUUAUGUUAACGUCUUGGCACUGGAGCCUGAAAUUACGGAACCACCCUUUGACGAAGCUACCGUCGACGGUAAGACGAUCAGGAUGACCUGUCGCGUCUUCGGUGCACCCAAACCUGAGGUCAAAUGGGUCAGGAACGGCCAGGAAUUAACUGGGGGUCGGUACAAGAUUCUGGAGUCCGGGGACCUGGAGAUCGAGAAUGUCAUUUUCUUGGAUUCCGGAACGUAUACUUGCCAUGCAGCUAAUAAAUUUGGCGAAGUGGAAGCCACGGGUAAUCUGGUGGUCAGAGAACGAACGAGAAUAACGGAUGCACCGGAGGAUUACGAAGUAACAGCGGGGUCGACGGCAACUUUUAGAUGCAAUGCCGUAACCGAUUCGACUCUGCCUUUGACGAUCGACUGGCUAGCUAACGGCGAGCCUAUAGAUUUUGAGAUGGAGCCAAGAUUUGUACAAACCACUGACUCGUCAUUGUUGAUUACAAAAACGACGGAGCUCGAUUCUGGAAUUUAUACUUGUGUAGCGCAUACCGAUUUGGAUGAAACGAAAGCACAGGCUACCCUGACGGUUCAAGAUGUACCAAAUGCUCCGCAAUUGCUUAGCGUCAAGUGCAUGUCCACGGAAGCCUUGGUUCAGUGGACACCGAUGGGGGAUAACAGAGCACCCAUCCUUCGGUACACUAUUCAGUGCAAUACUAGUUUUACUCCCGACACUUGGGAAGUAGCCAAAGAUGAUGUGCCUGCUACCGAACAAAACUAUAUCAUACCGAUGACACCUUGGGCCAACUAUACCUUCCGAGUGGUAGCAUUUAAUAAAGUUGGUCCGUCUUUACCUUCCUCGCAUAGUGAAGUGUGUACCACUCAACCUGAUGUACCAUAUAGAAACCCACAUAAUGUCGCGGGUCGAGGAACGGAUCCUCAAAAUAUCGUCAUUACAUGGACCUCGAUGCCUCAAAUAGAGCAUAAUGCUCCCAGACUCACGUACAGGGUAUACUACAAACGGGAUAUCCCUGGAGAAAAAUGGACAAUAGAGGAUAUUCAUGAUUGGAAAAUCGAUAGACUUCAAGUUGACAAUCAACCUACUUACCAAAGAUACAGGAUUAAAGUUGGCGCAAUUAACGAGAAGGGAGAAUGUAGGACACACCCAGAUGAGGUGAUCGGAUACUCUGGAGAAGAUGUCCCCCUGCAAGCUCCUACAAACUUUACGUUGAUUCGAGUGCGGUCAAGCACCAGUGCUUUAGUCUCCUGGAACCCCGUACCCGAGGAAUCGGUACGUGGUGAAUUACGUGGGUAUAAAAUUCAAACGUGGACGGACCGUGAUGGUGAAGAGGGAAUGCGAGAGAUUAAUGUGCGGGACGGCAAUAGAACUCACGCCUUGAUCUCUAAACUUAUUCCGUAUAGCAAAAAUUACGUGCGGGUCCUCGCUUACAAUGGAAGAUAUAACGGCCCACCAUCGGAGGUUUUGAGUUUCGAAACGCCGGAAGGUGUGCCAGGCACGGUCCUCAGUUUAGAGGCCUUUCCAAUCGCGUCAAGUGCUCUCUUCUUGGUCUGGACGAAACCUUCAGAGCCGAACGGUAUUCUCACUGGUUACCAGAUUUCUUAUCAAGUAGUAAACGGUACCAGACUGGGACAAGAAUUAGAGAGAGAGCCGCACGUUUCUAAUCCCGAAGCAACGAGUGCUAAGUUAGCCGGCUUGGCGCCAGAUACGAAGUACCGCGUGCACAUUCGAGCGACUACAAGAGCUGGCGAUGGGAAAGAUUACUUUAUCGAGCAAAAAACCAGGAUCGCUCAGCCUCCGGAUGUGCCGCAGUUUACGUGGGAACGAAUUUUAACGGAAAAUGGUUUAACAACUGUAAGGGUCACUUGGCAGCCAAACUUAAAUGGCAAUCCGGGCAGUCACUUCUUCGCCAAAUAUAAGUUGAAGGGAGAAACUGUCGCUAGGCAAACCGACCCAGAAUUCAUCUCGAAUACAAUCGACAUCCGGGGCCUGCAAAGUGGAGAACUGUACGUUGUAACCAUUGUCGCCGUCGAUGGCGACUAUGUGACGGAGAGUGCACCACAAGAAAUCGAAACUAGCAGCGAUGGACCUAUUAUUCAGCCUAAAGAGAAUGUUGCCACUGCCGGAUGGUUCAUCGGAAUGAUGUUGGCAAUUGCUUUCCUCUUGCUGGUAUUGAUCAUCGUUUGCGUGAUCAAACGUAACCGAGGAGGAAAGUAUGCCGUCCACGAAAGAGAGCUAGCAGCUGGUCGAGGUGACUACCCCGAUGAAGGCGGUUUCCAUGAAUAUUCGCAGCCCUUGGAUAAUAAAUCUGCCGGAGGUCGAGCUUCUUUAGCUUCUUCAUCUCACCAGGAUGGGAAACAUCCCGAAUCCGACACGGACUCGAUGGCUGAAUACGGAGAAGGAGAUACCGGUCGUUUCACGGAGGACGGCUCUUUCAUCGGACAAUACGGCCCCAAGGGCAGACCGGAGGAGACGCCGCCUAUUCCAACGGGUACAAUGGCCACAUACGUUUAACUGUCGCAAAUUGUACCAGCUAAAACGUCGCGUCCGAAUCUCCUACUCGACACGCCGGGGAUGUCUGAGGCCUCGGCUGCCUCGACAGCUGCUAUGCACCUUGCGCUGGGCGCAAUGUCCACACUCUACUGCCAGUUAGAUAUUUCUUGGUUUUGGGUUUUAUAGGUCACCCGUGAAAGGAACUGAUUUUUCAAUCAUGUAAGUAUACACGUACGAUUCGCCUAGGCGAGUCGUACGCGGCUCGUCCAUCCCAUGAUACGUUGUCGCGAAUUUUCUUCGAGUCGAGACAUUGAUCGCCGUCGAACGUUUCCCUGUAGUUUGCGUGUCUCUCGUGACUCUUCCCACUUAUAACGAGAGACGCGACGUCGGUCCAAGUCCUCCCCCUCGAGAGAAUUACGCGGACAUCGAGGGGACACCUCGCCGUAAUUUGUAGGAAACGGUGCGCGAGUUAUUCCUUCUUUAAAGAUACGAUCUCAGACCUCGUUACCAAUUUCUACUCGUGAUAUCAGCGCGGAUGAGAGGACACCGAGCUUGCCGAGGGAAUUCGUAACUGAUUAUUAUUUCAACGGAAGGAAUAACUUGUACACCAGUUUUCCAUCGAAUCUCAACUUAUGUAGACAGAUUCCCGAAUGAGACAUCGGGAGAGCAAUUUUCAUUGAAGGGAAGAUCUGACGUCAAAUCCCACCUGCAUUCCCGGUUGAUUAUAAAGCCCAAAGAGAUAGGUCCACGAUAGAAGUAGGAUCCUAGGAACUAUUUCUAACGCCGAUACCGAUGCAUUCGAUAAGGCCAGAUUGUACCGGUGGUGCCGGCUUUUACUACAGGGUACUCAAGUUAUGUUUGUAUCGUUUCAGAUAUGUAUGUAUGAUGAAUCGCUUUUGGGGCUGCAUUUAUACCGGGGCUAUGACGCAACGAGGUCUCGGCGUUCGCUGGUUUGUUCGCUGAUUGCUAACGCGCGGUGCUAAUGAAGACUUUUAUCGGAAGGGAAAGAGUAAAAUGUAUAAAUUCUAAAUUUGCGCGGAUUGUUUCAGAGAUUUAUAUUGAUUGGUUAGUACGUACCGUCGAGGAGGGGGAGAUUCGGUUGGUGUUGCAAUUGAAGUACUUAUUUCUUCGCCCGAUGAUAAUGAGUUAUUGGUUUGAGAUACUCUUCGUGUAUGUAUCGAUAAAGGCAGAGGGAGUCAUUAUCAUCGAAUAGUGAAACGAAAGUAGGGGCGAAUAUGAUAUAUUCGUUGGAUCGUCUUGUAGUGGUAGGGUUCGACGUGAGGGAAAUAUAAAUGCAGACUUAAAGGCAUGUUAGCAAAGCGAUGGCGAGCGAAGGCAGGAAAACCGCAGUCUGGCCUGAACUGACCGUAAUUUUAACACUUUUCGAGGGAGUCAAUAUCUAGAUUUCCUAGGUCUCUAGACGUUUUAGGGGGAUCUAGUUGUCAGAGUUUUUCACAGAACAUGAGCAGCGGCCCAAACUCGAGGAAUCUCGGACGUUUAUAAUUAGUCGGAAGUGACGGUGGCGUUUAAAGAUAUAAGUUAUUGUAAAUGCACUAUACAGUAGUUUAAAAGGAAGAACACAAGGCCUCUAAUCGUUGCUUUUUGUAUGUGAGACACGCUUUUGCCUGAGGAAGGAAAAUGAAAAGACGAGUGGAGUUUCCUUUAUUUUUACGAACGUUUUACCAUAGUUCUCUCUCCGACUUUUCCUUUUCUAAGUCUAGCGUACUCUAGCGAGCGUAGGAUAUAACGCGACAUAUGAUUAUUUAAUAUAUAUUGAAGCAUUGAAUAUAUAGAGAUACUAUAUAUGAAUUAUUGACAUACGUUAGAGAGUUUCGAAGGAAGACGAUGAUCACAGGAGGGCGCAGCUAUAUUAUAUUAUAUUAUAUUAUAUUAUAUUACGUGGCAUUAAUUAUUAUCUCAUCAGGGUGAUUUUUCAAUCUCUAGUGUACCGGGUGUUCGCCGAAAACUCGAGGCUCACUGACGUUUUCGGGGACUUCCGGUACGGCCGUUUCCAUAUAUCGGAAAACAAGACGCAAAUAGAACGUACAGGUUUUCCGCAAAACGAAGGAAAAGAAGGAAGAUGAAUAUAGGAUGUAUAUUAUGCACUGUAAAGUUCAAAAAUUUCGACACGGCACAAAUCGGACCUCUAGGCACGCUGCGACAUAUUGAGACUUUCGAGUAAUUUUAUCGGUGUAUAUUCGCUUUGGGGGAAAAAAAAAAGAAAAAAAAGAAUGAGAGAAAGAAAACAAUCAAAAAGAAAGGGUUAUUAUACGCGAAAUAUGGAUCGUAAUAAUGUCGUUAUAAUGUUUAUCUUGUGGUACGAAAGAGAAAAGAAUAUGAAAGUACUGCGAGUGGGUAACCGAGCUGGGCAACAUUUUCGAAUAAUUGAGAAAGCUUUUGAGGUUUUUUUUUUUAAUUUAUUACUCGAGAGAUCGUUUUUAAACGACAUUUUUUUUACGCGUGGGUGCAACGUUUCUUAUUUUAGCAACACGGACGAGGAAGGAGUGCGAUUUUUAUGCGGACGGGUACUAGUUCUUUAUUCUAUUUUCUAUCUCUUUUUUUUUAUUUGAAAAUGUUGCACGACUGGCUGACUAGAUGCCUUUUUUAACGAUACAACGCGCAUUCGUCGAAAACUUAUUUUGCCGAUUAUCCUGUACGGAGGACUUAGAUAUCGAAUAAUCGUGCCGAACGAAUUGUGAGCGAUAGACGAAGGACAAAGUCAAUGACAAAUUACAUUACGAUAACUUCAGAUUAACUUCAGAUUGUAAAGAUCUUUAAGGACUGUUAUAUUCACCCCUCGAUAAACCGGUCCAAUUAUGACUAAUCUGAGUCCCGAAAUUCUGGUGGAACGAGAACUGCCGUCUCAAAAUAUAGGAUCGAAAAAGAAUUGCUCUUUUAUUUUGGUCGAAUAAUUAGUGCGUCAUGCGGAAGGAACGUACAAUGAACCCAUGAAGUUGUUAAAAAGUUCCAUGUCUGAUAAAAACGGUGAAACGAAAGUUGACGGAAACAAUGAAAGGGUAACCAUGUUUCGAAACGGUGGUUCUCCAUGCUAGAAAACCAAAUCUGCAUACAUGUAUCUCUUUAGUAUAUUUUUCUAUUGCACGUUUAUCUUUCUCCCUGUAUCAAAACUGUAUACAUCUCACUUUCUCUCUAUCCAAGGCUUGAAUCUCUAAUUAGUUAUAUUAACCAGCUAAGUGGACUCUUCUCCACGACGAACUUCCAGUAUUUUUCACACAGGUGACCCCGCAAUCAUUUUUUUUUUAUAGAUACUUUUUACGAUACGUUGCCGCAUUCUUGAUUUACCUCGUAAUCAUGGAAUAUUUCGUUGUGCAUUUAAAAAGUGUAACAGUCCGGGCAAUUGGUACCGAUUUGCCCAGCACGUUUCCUGCGUUCGAUCCACCGGUUAAAAAACACCUGAUAACAUCAAACUGUAGAAUUAGCUGUAAAUUGUUCCCGUUUAAACGAGUCCAAGGCUCGUUGUAAAUGACAGGAAAAUGUGGUACCGAAUGCUCGGACACGUAUUGAUAAUAUUAUUUACAAUAUAUUUAUCCGGAAGGUCUCUUGAAUCAUGGCGGACCGAGAUAUGCGUGUUCCCGGUUAGAGUCGUACUUUUUGUUCAUUUUAUUGUGAAGUACACGCGGCAGCUUAAAGCAGUAUAUUAGGGGAGUUCUGGAGAGCUCGAAGUUUUGCUUUUAUUUUCGAGGCAGUUAUCCUUGUAUCUCGGUCCAUCUUGUUAUGCCGAUUCUUCCGCUGUAAAUUACAUUUAUUAGCGAUUAGUCACCAGCAUGUAGAUUAGAAAAGUUAAGAAGACUAAGCGAGCUGCCGAUGGCGCGGGCGAGGCUGUAUUUAUAUUUGUAGCCGCAAAAAGAAAAUGCGUUUCCGCGGCUGUUCGAGCCGCGCGGCCAACGGCGAACCGCCCUCGUUUAGGAUACAAUUUUUCUACGGAACAGAAGACGCAUUACGUCUCGGUCGGGCUCUAGGAGUUUUAUAUAUGAUUUUUACUUUUUCUCGACCCCUCCAAACGCAGCUGGAUGUAUCGCCAAUAGCGGAUAUUGGGUUGACUACGCCUUGCGUACCGUUUAAGCGACCUUUUUUAACGUUUGAUAAGUUUAACCAGAUGUCACCGAUAACCCUUGUAACGCGCAUUCCAGCAUACGUCCGUGUAACAUCCUCCCCACUCCUCAUGUCAAUAAAAAGAGGAAUAGGAUUAUGA